CCUAAUCUCAAAACUAAUCCUUGAUUACUACGAAACCUUAAGUGAGAUUAAAUGUCCAAACUUGAGUUGUUGGGGGCAGUUGGUCCGAAAUUUCGCAUAUAGCUUCAUGGUCCACCCAGCCCACUGGGCCAUCCAGCCCUCUUCAAGUUAAACCAACCAACCAACCAACCAUCGGGAAUUAAAACUAACGGUUCCGUUUCACCUUUUCCCUCUUUUUUUGUUUCCCUCUUAUUCCCGUGUUCUUCAUCAGCAGCUUAAAGCAGCAAAUGAACAAAUCUCAGAAGGUUUCAUUCAACCAGAAUCUUCUGCAAUUACUGAAAUUCUGACUAUAUGAUGAAUUAGAAGGGAAAAUAUUAAAGCCAAUAAUGCAGAAUCUAGGACCUACUCUGUUUUCUUGUUUUUUUUUUAAUCUUAGUUCUUCUUCUUCCUAGGAAUUCGCGAAGCUUGCCACGGAGGUGACAACAUCGUUCCUCCGCAUAUCCCGCAAUACUUGCAGAUGAUUAAAACCAACAGUACAAUGAUUGACAAAGAUCUUUGAUUUCUCUCUCCUACAACACAAAAAUUUCUUUUUUUUUUUCUUUCGUUUGACAUUUCCUACCCACCAAAAAAAAAGAGAAAAAAAGCUCUGUUUUUGAGGAAACUUCUGUUCUUUACAGCCAAUGAGUCCAUCCACGUAGGGGUCAUUGAUUCUCUUCUUCUCACGAAAAAAGGAUAAGGAAAAAAGAUUUCUUUUCUUUUUUUUUUUUCCCUGUUUUUUGACCCCAAUUAUCCAUCCCCAUCCAAACGGUCGAUCUGGGAAUUGGUUCAUAGCAAUCAUUCCCCCACCCCAUUAUUAUUUUCCGAUCGAUUCGUUUGAUGGGUUUUGGGGGGUCAUGGGUUGUAUCAGCUCGAAACAGGCCCGGUCUAAGAAGAAGUCGCCGCCUGCUUUCGAUUCCUCAGUGAUUAUCCGGCAAAAUGGUUCCGGUUCCGGUAUCUUAGAUUCCUCGUACAACAAUAAGAUACACAACAGUGGUGGGGGUUUCGGACCAUUGGAAAAGAUAAGAGAGGAACCUGAAAAGGAGAGGGAAGAAGAAUCCGUCAAGUCCCGCCAUCAUCAUCAUCAUCAUCAUAGCCAACCUGGGAAUGGGAAUUUUAAUCCCAACAAGUCCUUGAAGAAUGGGAAUGGCAAUGCCUCCAAAAGGGCUGCUUUUAGUUUUAAAUUUGGACGAUUAACCGAAGGGGAACACGUCGCCGCCGGCUGGCCGGCCUGGCUUACAGCCGUCGCCGGCGAAGCCAUUGAAGGAUGGGUGCCUCUUAGGUCCGAUACAUUUGAGAGACUUGAGAAGAUUGGACAAGGUACUUAUAGUAGUGUGUAUCGUGCGCGUGAUGUGGAGACUGGUAAAAUGGUUGCUCUUAAGAAGGUUCGAUUUGACAAUUUCCAGCCAGAAAGUGUAAGAUUUAUGGCUCGAGAGAUAAUGAUUCUUCGCAAACUUAAUCAUCCCAAUAUAAUGAAGCUGGAGGGCAUUAUCACGUCUCGAUUAUCGACGAGCAUAUACCUUGUUUUCGAGUAUAUGGAACACGAUCUCUCUGGUCUGUUAUCUUGCCCUGAUGUCAAGUUUACUGAAUCACAGAUUAAAUGCUACAUGCAACAACUUCUGUGUGGACUAGAACAUUGUCAUUCGCAAGGGAUCAUGCAUCGAGAUAUUAAAGCAUCCAAUAUCUUAGUGAAUAACGAAGGGGUAUUGAAGAUAGGAGACUUUGGUCUGGCAAAUUUCAUUAGUGAUGGAAGGAACAGGCCGCCUCUAACCAGUCGCGUAGUAACUUUAUGGUACAGACCUCCUGAACUAUUGUUAGGAUCCACAAAUUAUGGGCUAACAGUUGAUCUAUGGAGCAUGGGUUGUGUCUUCGCAGAACUAUUUAUCGGAAGACCUCUCCUCAAGGGGAGAACCGAGGUUGAACAGUUGCAUAAAAUCUUCAAACUUUGCGGCUCUCCACCCGAUGAAUACUGGAAACAGUCCAGACUUCCACUUGCCACCAUGUUCAAGCCUCAGCAACCUUAUGAAAGUACACUCCGAGAAAGAUGUAAAGAAUUCCCAAAGUCUGCUGUGAAACUUAUCGAACAUUUUCUUUCAAUAGAUCCUCAGAAACGUGGAACUGCUUCAGCCGCCCUUCAGUCAGAGUAUUUCCAUACCAAGCCUUAUGCAUGUGAUCCUUCAAGCAUGCCAAAGUACCCACCUAAUAAAGAGAUUGAUGCAAAAUUCCGCGAGGAAGCCAAAAGGAAAAAAGUUGGAAGCACUGUGCGAGCUUCUGGAGCAACAAGAAAUCCAAGAAGAAGCCGAAGAAGUGUUCAAGAACCAAACAGUUUCUUCAAAGUUGUUCCAACAGAGGAACUUGAGGCCAAUAUUCAAGUUGCUCGAAGAAGCAAUGCUGGUGGUAACGCUAUCCUGAAAGGGAAGGGAGCAACUGUAUCUCGGAUGUCACUGAAACCUUCUGAUACAGUGUCAGAGGCUUCUCAAAUGACGGAACAAUCCAACGAUGACAGUAUUCGCUCAGUUCCUAUUGACAUGCCAACAUCAAGUAAUUUUUUGUGGGCAAGAAAGCGAAAACAAGAUGCGUCGAGGAAGAUAUACAGCAAUGCCACUUCAAGAAGUCAUAAGCUGACUUCACAUGAUCCACCCAGCCUAUUGCAAGUUGACACCACUUGGGACUCAGAAGGCCAAGAGGCUGAUGAUUUCUCAAACAGAACAUUGAAUGAUGUCAGAGAUACGGAUGAGAAUGCUCGUGCCAUGCACAAGCAACGUCUAAGGCCUCAAAGAUUAGAAACCUUCGAUUCAGCUGAUAUGUUUGAGAGUCAGGAGUUUUCAGUGGACUAUAAUUACCAACAGGGGCUGGUUAGAUCAGGACCUUUGCUAUAUCAGCAGCAUGGUAAUGACUCUAGUCAAGAUAGUCAAAUUCAGCAAACUAUUCGCAGAUCCCGUUUUUCUAGAGAUUUGCAGCAAUAACUCACAUGGCAAUGCAUAUGAUCCCAAAUAUAGAAUGAAGAGGUUGUACAUUUGGCGGUCAGCAUGGGAAUACUUCAGGACAACUAGGAAAAAUGAAACCAACACUUGUGUGUGCUUUACCUUCUCAAGGUUUUCUCCAUCUUUUAGCUUUGGUUUUUUGACCUUUUACCUGUUUAGGCACAGACAAUUUAAAGAAACAAAAGUACUUCCAGGGAUGGAGGGGGAAAACUGCCUGUGAAUAAACCUUUGAAUCCCAUGCAUGAUAAAUAUAAUAGUGGGAUGUAAGAAGAAGAAGAAGAAGAUGUAGAUAUAGCGAGGCUGACUGAGCGCGUAUUUUCAGGCACUCUCAAAUGCAGAAGCUGAUCAUUUUUGUGAUGAUGAAAUGCAAAAACUCCCUUACACUGUGAGAAAGAUCAGGCUUUUUUGCUUGCAGUAACAGUGAGAAUAUGAAUUGUAAAAAAGAAAAAGAGAAAAAAAAAAAGAAAGAAAAAUACUUUUUCAUUAUUAAUUUCUUUGCUGGGUAGUCAAAAUAGCAGCUUGGCUGAUUUUGAAAAUCACUUGACAACCUUCCAUAAUCCCUGUUAGUCAUCAAACAAAUGGAAGAAACACAAUUCUUUUAUUUAUUUAUUUUUUUGAUUCUUUUUUCCUUGACUCUCCAUGUAUGUAAAGAAAGUACAUAUAUAUAUAAAUAUUUAUAUAAGGAGGCUUUCUUCCUUUAUUUUUUUUUAGCUGUG